AUGUCCGUCUCAAAUCCGCCGAAAGCAUUUCUCACAGAUGUCUUCGGCACGGUGGUAGACUGGAGAGCCACGGUGACCACACAUUUAACGAAAUCCGCAGAGGAGGUCCUCAACUCAUCAGCUCGAUCUCUUCCCUCAGCAACUCGCGCCGCCGCGUCCAUAGUCUCCUGGCCAGACUUUGCCCAAGCCUGGCGCAACACUUACUACCACUUCACGCGGUCCUACACCCCGUCUGCUACCGUCCCAUUCAAGUCUGUCGACCAACAUCACCUGGAUAGCCUGAUCAAGCUUCUCUCCGACCAUGGCAUCUCCGAUCUAUUCACAGAAACCGAGAUUCACAAGCUCUCACUUAUAUGGCACUUUCUCGAUCCAUGGCCGGACUCCUCAGCAGGUCUAGGCCAGCUGAACGACCAGGGUUUCAUUACAGCAACGUUGAGCAAUGGCAAUACGAGUCUGCUUGAGGAUCUGGCGAAGCAUGGCAGUCUACCAUAUACUCACAUUGUGAGUGCGGAGGACUUCGGAGCGUACAAGCCGCAUCCAGAUGUCUACUUGGGAGCGGCAAAGAAGUUGGGCUUCAAGCCGGAAGAGUGCUGUCUUGUGGCGGCACAUCUUGGGGACCUGAAGGCAGCGAAGGGUUGUGGAUAUCAAGCUUGCUACAUUGAAAGGAAGCAGGAGGAGGGAUGGCCGCCGGAAAAGGCGGAAGAGGCGAAGAAAGAGGGAUGGGUUGAUAUGUGGAUUACUGUGGAGGAGGAGGGUUUCAAGGAGGUCGCGAGGCGAUUUGCUGGGAGGGACAAAGGUGUCAAGCUAUGA